CGGUACAGAGUCAAUGUGGAGGCUAUAUACAGGGGGUACCGGUACAAUGUGGAGGCUAUAUACAGGGGGUACCGGUACAGAGUCAAUGUGGAGGCUAUAUACAGGGGGUACCGGUACAGAGUCAAUGUGGAGGCUAUAUGCAGGGUGUUACGGUACAGAGUCAAUGUGGAGGCUAUAUACAGGGGGUACCGGUACAGAGUCAAUGUGGAGGCUAUAUACAGGGGGUACCGGUACAGAGUCAAUGUGGAGGCUAUAUACAGGGGGUACCGGUACAGAAUCAAUGUGGAGGCUAUAUACAGGGGUACCGGUACAGAGUCAAUGUGGAGGCUAUAUACAGGGGGUACCGGUACAGAGUCAAUGUGGAGGUUUAUAUACAGGGGGUACCAGUACAGAGUCAAUGUGGAGGCUAUAUACAGGGUAUUACGGUACCGAGUCAAUGUGGAGACUAUAUACAGGUGGUACCGGUACCGAGUCAAUGUGGAGGCUAUAUACAGGGGGUACCGGUACCGAGUCAAUGUGGAGGCUAUAUACAGGGGGUACCGGUACCGAGUCAAUGUGGAGGCUAUAUACAGGGGGUACCAAGUCAAUGUGGAGGCUAUAUACAGGGGGUACCGAGUCAAUGUGGAGGCUAUAUACAGGGGGUACCAAGUCAAUGUGGAGGCUAUAUACAGGGGGUACCGGUACAGAGUCAAUGUGGAGGUUAUAUACAGGGGGUACCGGUACAGAGUCAAUGUGGAGGCUAUAUACAGGUGGUACCGGUACAGAGUCAAUGUGGAGGCUAUAUACAGGGUGUACCGGUACAGAGUCAAUGUGGAGGCUAUAUACAGGGGUACCGGUACAGAGUCAAUGUGGAGGCUAUAUACAGGGGGUACCGGUACAGAGUCAAUGUGGAGGCUAUAUACAGGGGGUACCGGUACAGAGUCAAUGGGGAGGCUAUAUACAGGGGGUACCGGUACAAUGUGGAGGCUAUAUACAGGGGGUACCGGUACAAUGUGGAGGCUAUAUACAGGGGGUACCGGUACAAUGUGGAGGCUAUAUACAGGGGGUACCGGUACAGAGUCAAUGUGGAGGCUAUAUACAGGGGCUACCGGUACAGAGUCAAUGUGGAGGCUAUAUGCAGGGUGUUACGGUACAGAGUCAAUGUGGAGGCUAUAUACAGGGGGUACCGGUACAGAGUCAAUGUGGAGGCUAUAUACAGGGGGUACCGGUACAGAGUCAAUGUGGAGGCUAUAUACAGGGGGUACCGGUACAGAGUCAAUGUGGAGACUAUAUACAGGGGGUACCGGAACAGAGUCAAUGUGGAGGCUAUAUACAGGGGGUACUAGUACAGAGUCAAUGUGGAGACUAUAUACAGGGGGUACCGGUACCGAGUCAAUGGGGAGGCUAUAUACAGGGGGUACCGGUACAGAGUCAAUGUGGAGCCUAUAUACAGGGUAUUACGGUACAGAGUCAAUGUGGAGGCUAUAUACAGGGGGUACCGGUACAGAGUCAAUGUGGAGGCUAUAUACAGGGGGUACCGGUACAGUGUCAAUGUGGAGGCUAUAUACAGGGGGUACCGGUACAGAGUCAAUGUGGAGGCUAUAUACAGGGGGUACCGGUACAGAGUCAAUGUGGAGGCUAUAUACAGGUGGUACCGGUACAGAGUCAAUGUGGAGGCUAUAUACAGGGGGUACCGGUACAGAAUCAAUGUGGAGGCUAUAUA